AUGGGGAAGUUUAGGAAUAACUGCAACCGCUUCCGAUCUGGACCGCGCGUUCUUCACACCCCGGCCCCCGCUCCCGAUCUCAACCGCGCGUUCUUCACACCCCGGCCCCCGCUCCCGAUCUGGACCGCGCGUUCUUCACACCCCGGCCCCCGCUCCCGAUCUCCACCGCGCGUUCUUCACACCCCGGCCCCCGCUCCCGAUCUCGACCGCGCCUUCUUCACACCCCGGCCCCCGCUCCCGAUCUCGACCGCGCCUUCUUCACACCCCAGCCCCGCUCCCGAUCUCGACCGCGCGUUCUUCACACCCCGACCCCCGCUCCCGAUCUCGACCGCGCGUUCUUCACACCCCGGCCCCCGCUCCCGAUCUGGACCACGCGUUCUUCACACCCCGGCCCCCGCUCCCGAUCAGGGCCGCGUGUUCUUCACACCCCGGCCCCCGCUCCCGAUCUGGACCGCGCGUUCUUCACACCCCGACCCCCGCUCCCGAUCUGGACCGCGCGUUCUUCACACCCCGACCCCCGCUUCCGAUCUCGACCGCGCGUUCUUCACACCCCAGCCCCGCUCCCGAUCUCGACCGCACGUUCUUCACACCCCGGCCCCCGCUCCCGAUCUCGACCGCGCGUUCUUCACACCCCGGCCCCCGCUCCCGAUCUGGACCGCGCGUUCUUCACACCCCAGCCCCGCUCCCGAUCUCGACCGCGCGUUCUUCACACCCCGGCCCCCGCUCCCGAUCUCGACCGUGCGUUCUUCACACCCCGGCCCCCGCUCCCGAUCUCGACCGCGCGUUCUUCACACCCCGGCCCCCGCUCCCGAUCUCGACCACUAG